UAUAACUGCCUUUACGAAAUUAAAUAGCCACACAAAUGGUGAAGGAUUUUUUAUGGCGCUGCUCUCAUUUCGACUUAGCAUUGUGUUUACCAUAGGAUUACUGUUGCUGAAUGGGUUCGCUUCCGAUUCGUCAGUGCUUGCAUUUGUCAACGAAGAAGGUCCGGAGCGGUUGCGGCUAAUAGCCGCACCCCCGUCACACGUGAUCGUGACGGGCAGCCGGAACGCUCCAGUGUAUCUGCCCUGCCAGGCGGAGCUAGGGCCCGAAACGUCCGACGACAUACCGAACAGUAGCUAUGGGGAUGAGUAUUUGGACGGUCACAACGAGGAAGACGACGAGGAGGAGGAAGAUGACGAGGGCUACGACGAAGAUACAAACGAAAUGGAGGAUGAUUUUCUCCCACACACCUCGCCGCUGUUGACCAGCAACGAUCUGUACAACGACGAGCAGCACUUGCAGGAAGGUGAGGAGGUGGAGCAGCAACAGCAUCAUCAGCACUAUCCGCGUCAGUACAAAGAUUACGAAAAUGACGAUGAUGAGCGUCGAAGGCGGCGACGAAGGCGAAGAUAUGUGCACACGCAGCGACGUGGUCUGUCCGGUGGUGGCGGCGAGUAUUACGGCUCUCCGACCAUCUUCGAGUAUGUGUGGUAUCGCAAUGGGUUGGAAUUCCUUACUACCGCCUUCCAGAAUCAGAACCAGCACCAAACGCAUAAAGGAUUUCGUCUGUUCGAAAAUGGGACGCUACGUAUUCCGUACAACCGCCAAAACGGAAACAUGGCAGCGGGCGUGUAUCGUUGCAUGGCGUCCCUUGUAAACCACCAGCAACGCUACCAGGGUUCGGUCCUGUCCACCGAAUGUACCGUUUCGAUCGCAUAUCUGGAACGGGACAAUCGAAUUAAUUUCCCCAACAAUACGAUCGUCGUACGUGCGAACGAACCAACCGUCCUUCCCUGCCCGUUUCAAAGCUAUCCGGCAGCAAACAUUACGUGGUCGGUGAAUAAAACCGUGCUGCAACUGCAAACGAAUUUCGGUGGCUCUAAGGAAAGCAGAUUUUUCCUGCUACAAAAUGGAAGUCUCCUGAUCAGUGAUGUUCAUCCGAUGGAUAGUGGACGCUACCGUUGUAAUGCAACAAACAAUUAUGUCACAAAAAACAUACGCAGUACCAGCGUGAAUCUUGCCGUGAUCCAUAUACCCCCAAGUAGCCUUAUGGUGGAGCCGAAGAAACGUCAUCUAUUGCCUCCACUUCAACCACUUCACAUGUCAGUUCGUGCUGGCGAAACGCUUAGGCUACACUGCGCCUGUUACUCCUGUCGGCCCCAGUGGACAUUUACGCCUCGUGCGAGUGAAAUUCCUAUUCGUCUUGAUAACUUCACUCAUCAGAUCGUGUUCGUAAACGUAUCCGUUGAGCGUCACGAAGGAAGAUUUACCUGCCGCACACCGGACGGUUCCGAUCGCCAGAUAUUCAACGUGACCGUGCUCAUACCGCCGACGAUAGUCAGCAAAAUAGCCUCGUACACCUCAUCGGUCGUUGCAUCGAUGGCGUUUAACUGCAGCGUCACAGGCAAUCCAAUGCCGUCGGUAACCUGGUACAAGAAUGGGCGUGAGCUUACCAGCAAUUACAUCGUACACUACAACUAUCCGAUGCUGCAAAUUAACACCCUAGAUCCCGAAGAUGAAGGCCUGUACCAGUGUAUGGCGAGAAAUGCGGCUGGCGAAAUUUCCGCCUCGUCCUAUCUAACUAUUCGCGACAAGCAGAAAUAUCGACACAAGGCAAAGCGGCUGGAUGGUAUUCGGUGCUAUCCGAUGGAUACGACCAGCCUGUACUUAACCUUUUCUGUACCUCCGCCACAUGCCAGUCCCAACAUUGAGUACGUAAUGUACUAUCUCGCUAGUGACGAUCCGUUCCGGUGGUACAGCUCACCGCCGACGCAGUUGGCAGCUAACGGCAGUCUGCGGAUCAGCGGGAAGAUGGUAGAACCCUUUCGGAACUAUACCGUGUUUUUGCGUGCCUGUUCGGUUAGCGAUAUCUCCGGCGCGGAUAAUAUUCGUGGUGGCGGUACACAAGGCAUGCAGAAAGUCAUCCCGUCCAGAUUGUCCAGGGGAGUCCGGUGCGCAUCGCAAGGAUAUCCUGUUCUAUCGACAUUUUUCCCCAACAAUGGCAUUUUUAUCUGGUGGCCCAAGUAUGAUUAUGUACAACCAACUGCCUUCACGGUACAGCUUCGGCACAGUGGAAACAGUAAUUUGACCAGCUUUACAAACCAAAUCAUCGGUACAGUCGAUCCGCUAGAUGACUAUAUGUCACACGAGGAGGUAGAACCUCUGCUUGGGAAAAUCGAUGCACAAACGAAGGAGCUUCAGGAUUUGCUAUGGAAAGAAUAUGAAGUAGCGGAUGGAAGUGGUGCAGGUGCAGACAGAAGUGCGGAAAACCAGUCACAUCAGCAGCGACGUCGUCGCCGCCGCCAAAGUCACCGAGAAAAUAGGCGCAAUCGGCACGCAUUCGAUCUAUCGAAGGAUCGGAAGCAAAUAUUCGAUUCACUGGCCACAAACGGUGCGAUGGAUGUGGACGUUCCUAUUGCACUGAAUGCCGCUCACCUUCGGUCCAAUGCGUCCAGCCUAGAAGCAGUGGUAGCAGCAGCGACAAAGCUGUCCGGAGCUGCAUUAGGCAGUCAGGCACCGAAUGACUCCGCUCAAAUGCGAAAAACGCAUAAGAAAAUUACGGUGACACAGGUAAAGGUGGCUGGUCAUGUAACCGGCAUUCUACUUCCUAACAUACGCAGCGUAAUGGUACGUGUGCUGGGUUCAGUAAGCGCGGAUGGUGAACCAAUGGUUCAAGAUUUACGAUACGUUGAGUGGAAAAUGCUUGAUACUGAUGCACCAAGAACCGAUGCCGUGAAUAAGUUCCAAGCGAGUCACAUUGAUGCCAGAAGUGUACAGUUCACGUGGAGUCGUUUCGUAGCCACUAAGGCAAUAAACCGAUGCUUGCAGCUGUGUUAUAAAAACGUCAACUACGAUGUUACGAUGCGGGGAGGAUCAAAUCGAUUCGAUUGCCAAAAGAUUCCAAAGGAUGCGUCGUACUAUAAUGUGAAGGAUCUAGCUCCUGUUACUAUGUAUAAAGCUUUUUUAAAGCCCUGUGAAUCGAAUGAAGCGCUCAGCGAUAUUUUGGAUUUUCAAACAAAACACGAUGUUCCAGGGCCCGUUACUAAUCACGAGCUGCAUCGUAAGGGUGGAACAAUUAGCAUUACUUGGGGUCCACCCGAAAAUCGUAACGGUAUACUGCAGGGUUAUUUGGUGGAAUGGAUCAACGAGGAUAGUGUGCAGCACUCGGCAAACCUUUCCGCGGAUACCGGUAGCUUCACCUUUCCCAAUGUAACAUCCGAUGAACGUAUCAAUAUAUCGCUUCGUGCACUCAGUAGCUCCGGGCUCGGAAUACCGAUAUACCUGAAUCUGAAAAAUUACGAACCGAUCAUUGAUGGUGUCGAUGGGAAAGGUCCCGGAAGCAACCCCUCAGGCUACAGUGAACGCUGGGUACUGCAGCUCUACUUGCUAGUGCUCGUACUGUUGCUAUUCCUUGUCAUGGGUAUACUCUGCUAUUUGGUAUUUCGACGAAAGGCGUGCAAAAAAGCUGCUAGCAGCUCUGGUGCACCACUAAAUAAUAGAGCACCGUUGACUGUCGGUAGCAAUGAUACUCGGCAUCAUCUUGCCAUCGAUGCGUCAGCAAUGCAGAUGAUGGGUCUGAUAACGGGAUGCAACAAUGAUAUGCAUGAAAUGCAAACACUUAUUCGUUCCGGCACCAACUAUCCUAAUGCAAACGGAAGACUAAUGGGUAAUGGACUUCCGACAAACAGCUGCGGCCAAUCAAUACCUCCAGCAACGAACCCGAAUCCGGAAGCUGCACUGAUAAGCAGAAAUCGAUUGCAAACUCGAAACAGCUUUGUCGACACUGGUGCGAUAAAUAUACCGCUCGACGAAACACUUUCUCCGCCGGCCAAUAAUGCCAGCGGUGGAUGUAUAGCGAUUACCUCGUACAAGGAACUGUUGGCCAAAGACCGAAUGGAAUGUGGCGGUAAAAGAUUUGUUUCUUCCGUAUCCAACAUAAGUCAUAGAUCUUCAGCAGAGUUCGAAGAUGGUAUCAAUGAAAAAUCUUCUGGAAAAGAAGAUAUUCCUCGUUCAUCGGUUAACGAAGAGUGGAUCACAACAAACGGCUCUAAAAUAUCAUCAAACAAUAGUGACAGGAUACCGUUAGAAGCUCUGAAUCGUCGCAUCAGCGAUGAUAAGCAGUCACCCGCUACGACGUACACGUCCAAGGCAUCCUGUGCCGUUGCGCCAGCCUCAUCAUCGUCGCCAUCGUCCUCCUGUACAUCCACACCAUCGUCGUUAUCGCCAGCUUCCUCACAAUGCGUACUGAAAACGCGAACCCCACUAGAAUUCGAUAGUAGCCAACGUAGAUUACUAGAGACUACUUUAGAUAGUAACACAAGCACCACUAAUAUAGAAGAAACCAAGGAAUAUCGGUCAGAUGUGACAGCAGCAGCACAACUGCCGCCUCCUACACCACCUCCUCCACACCCAGUAGAAAUUUAUGAUUACGAUUACGCAACGAACUGUGAUGAUGAUAGAGAAGAUGCAAGAGACCACAGCCGACAGCUGCUGCUGGUGCGGGAGUGCCGGCAGGUGCCUGAAAAUACAACGAGUCCGUCGUCGUCGUUGAUGGUAUCGAUGUCACCCGAUCGAAAUACGACCGUAUUUCCCACGUUAAAUGAGCAGGAAAGGCAUCACGAGUGUAUCACCACUGCUCGGCGGCACCAGCAACCAAAACCUCACAAUGAAGUAAACCUUAACUAUCGCCACAUGGAAAGGACUGUAAAAGCCGAAAAGCCAUGUUCUGAGCAAGGUGAUAGUAGUGCGUACAUGACGAGCAAUGGUGUCGAAUUGUCAAUGCAGAAUACUGUAAAAUCCUACAAUCUUAAGGGUGAUAAGGUAGCCGACGUGGGUGACGACGAUGAUGACGAUGAUGAUGAGCUGGAUAAUUCAUCAUCGCUACUCAAUACAAGCAGCCUCAGUACAAAACCCCUGCAUCAACAGAACCACACAUCUAGCUGGAACUUUCGGCGACCGAUCAUCGGUCCCAACGGCUAG